AAACGCUAUAUUGAUGAGGGGGCGUGGCUAUAGCGGCUUCCCAUUGGUGGUUUCGAUGACGGGAGCGUCUCUCCGCCCUUCCCAUUGGAAGAGAGGCAAGCUAUGGGCGGGGCUUAAGUUGGACGCUGUCCUCUAUGAGGGGACGUGUCUAUGGCGGCUUCCCAUUGGUGGUUUCGAUGACAGGGGCGUCUCUCCGCCCUUCCCAUUGGAGGAGAGGCAAGCUAUGGGCAGGGCUUACGUUGGACGCUGUCCUGUAUGAGGGACCGUGUCUAUGGCGGCUUCCGAUUGGUGGCUUCGAUGAGUUGGAGCUAUUGUUCGCCUUUCCUAUUGUAAGAGAGAAAAACUGUAGGCGGGGCUUAUCCUAUUUGAGGGGACGUGUCUAUGGCGGCUUCCGAUUGGUGGCUUCGAUGAGUUGGAGCUAUUGUACGCCCUUCCCAUUGGAAGAGAGGAAAGGUGUAGGCGGGGCUUAAGUUGGACGCUUAAGUUGGACGUAUCUAUGUCGGCUUCCCAUUGGUGCCUUCGAUGAGUUGGGGCGACUUCCCAUUGGAGGAAGGGAAGCUGUAGGCGGGGUUUAGGCUUGGCAUUCUCCUCAAAACGCUACCCUGAUGAGGGGGCGUGGCUACGAUGGCUAGUUAUGACUGACUUCGGCGAGUAGGCCUUCCUAUUGGAGGAGAGGGAAGAUGUAGGCGGGGCUUAGGCUGGGCGCGGAUAGAAUGACGGGGCGUUGCUGUGACAGAUUCUCAUUGGUGGCUUCGACGAGUUGGGGCUAUUCUCCGCCCUUCCCAUUGGAGGAGGGGAAACUGUAGGCGGGGCUUGUUAGACUAGUGUAGAUGAAGGGGCGUGGCGACGGUGUCGAUUGUGAUGAGUUGUUCUUCUCGGCCUUGUAGGCGGGGCUUGUACAAGCUUCGACCCCGAUUGGCUGUUGGCGUGGCGAGGGCGUUUUCUGAUUGGGCAGGCUCAGGAGGCGGGAGGAGGCCCGCUUUCCGAUUGGACGAUCGGCGCGGUAGGCCGCGGCCUGCCCGGUGGCCACUGUCUGCCAUGUCCUCGUCGAUCCGUGAGGCGAACGCGCACUUGGCGGCGCUGCACGGGCGGGUGGCCGAGCUGGAGCGGCGCCUGGCGGCGGCCGAGGAGACCGUCCGCGAGCAGGCCCAGAGCCUCAUCCGGAAGGACGGGCAGCUGCGCCGCGCCCUCAGCGAGCUCCGCCAAGGGAAGGACAGCGAAAUCUCGGCCCUGGAGGAGCGGCUGCGCACCUCGGAAGGGGAGUCCCGGCGCCUGUGGGGGCUCCUCCAGGAGAAGGACCUUCUCGUGGCCCAGCUCCGCCACCGCAGCCGCCUGCUGAGCAAGAUCUGCCGCAGCCGGCCCGUGCUGGACAACCUCCUGGCCUACAUGGCCGAAGGGGAGCGCCUCAGCCCCGCCCACAGCGCCCCCAACUCCCCCGACCCCCUCCCCGCCGACCCCCACUCCAACUGCGUCCCCGACCUCGAUCCUGACUUCUCACUCACCGCGGCGGACAACGGCGAGAAUGACGACGACAACGACGACAGCAGGGAUUGCGACCAGACUUUGUUCGGCACCACCGUGUGAAGCCCUUUCCUGGAAAUCGUUAUAUAUUCCCUGCAUCGGCCCCACUUUUCUAGGACAAGUCCUGGUCUUCUCGACUGCAGAGAAUGUGGAUACAAAUAUAUUUGUACAAAUAUAUUCUCCCAUCCGGGGAAAAGGGAUUUGAAGGGAGCGGACAUCCCACGACGGACAAGAGAGGUUCUGUAGGUUUGUUCUGAAGCUGAAUUUCUAUGUAAGUCAGAAUAAGGACCUUCUCAAGUCUAACUCCACUAACUGUGCCCGGCCACGUGUUGCUGUGACCUAGUCUGGUGGUUAGGAUCCCUCUGGUUAGGAAGCACCCUGGCUUUGAAGCUGCAAGGCUGUUCCAUCAUGGCAGCGUUUUUUAAAAAAUGGCAUUAGGCUCCACGCACAACUACAAGGUUCUCUGGGUAAUGUAGUUGUUUGAGUUCCUGGGGGACGUGGUAAGCAAUUGGGGUUUUUUUUGUUAUUUGGACUUUAAUUUUCUAGGUUUUUUUAUUGAAAGACAUAGGUUGGAUGAUUGUGUCUUUUGUGACCAAUUUUGGUGUGAUUUGGUUCAGUGGUUUUGUUGUUUACUCCAUGGGAAAAAUGCACAUUGCAUCUAUCUAUCUGUCUUAUCUAUCUAUCUUAUCUAUCUAUUAGACAUGUCCAAAAAAUCGUUUUGAAUCGUAUAUCGGAAUUAUUUCGGAUUGUUCUCGCUUUUUGAUACGCAUUCCGAGACAUUGUCUCACAGCGCAACCAGCAACGUAAUUCGAACCAUUGUUGGCCCAUUCUCUAAUUGUCUCUUAAUGUUUCGUUAAUUCCCCCCCCCCCCAAAUUUUUUAAAAUAUAUUUUUAAAAAAAUUUUCAACCUACCUUGAAUGGGAGCUUAGCACAGCCUAACAUGGCUGCCGCUCCCGGCCAAUCAGAAGCUUCCACGAUGGAUGCAAAGGUGGGGGCUAACGUCCUCUGCGUCCACAUGGAAGAUUGCCAUACAAGCCCGGUGUGCAGCGAUUGCGCAUGUGCGUCUGCCAUUUUAGAAACGUUUAGAAUCAUUACGAAUUUUCGGAAAUAUCCAAAAAUUUUGGGUGAAAAAAUCGGAAAUACUUUCUAUAUUGAAGCGCCAGCGCCCCCUACUUUAGAAACGAGAAUUGAAACAUUUUUUUCAUCAAUCGGACAUGCCUACUAUCUAUCUCUGUGCCCGGCCACGUGUUGCUGUGGCUUAUGGGAAUCAUUGGUUGGAAUAGCAGUAGAAUAGCAGUGAAUAGCCUUGCAGACUCAAAAGCCUGGCCGUUUUCUUCUUAUGGGUACCCUUCUGACCGGCAGCCAGGGAGAAAACGGCUUUUCCACAUCUUCUAAUUUGGACUUUAUUUUUUUAGGGUUUUUUGUUUGAAAGUCAUAGAUUAGAUGACUAUGUCUUUUAUGGCCAAAUUUGGUGUGAUUGGGUUCAGUGGUUUUGUUGUUUACUCCAUAGUAAAAACGCACAUUACAUCUAUAUAUAUAAAAGGUUGGAUAUCUGUCUUCUCAAAUAAUAUCCUGUGUCCAGGUUCGUUGAUCAAGUGCUCUGCUCUGGCUGAUGUCUCUGGUUGGGUUAGUCUGCAGUACCAGACAGGAAUCAAUCAGGGGCAGCUAAUGACUCUGAACAAGGGAUUCCCCCAGGCCAGGACAUGAAGCUUGGAAGGCCAUUUAAUGCUAACAAAGGUGAUUAAUUACAACAUUCACUCUGGCCUCCCACAGACAAGAGUUCUUCCCCCCACCCAGGAACUUCCACAGAUAUCUUCUAUAUAUAUAAAAGAGUGAUGGCAUCACGGCGACCCACAAAACAGCAAAACUACAGGCCCCCCAACCUCGAAAUUUGACAACACAACCCAUCAUCCACAGCUCUAGGUUGAUACAACAAAAACCAAAGAAAAAUAAAGUCCUAAUUAGAGAGAGAGGAAUAAUUGCUUUUAUCCAAUUGCUGCCAGUCAGAAGGCUAAGCUCCUCCAACUUGGUCUCCUAGCAACCCAAUAAAAAAUAAUUAAAAAACUAAAAAAUAAUUAAAAACGAGAAAAAAUUAAUAGAAUAAAAUACCAUAAUAACAGAAAAUAACUAAAAAUUAUACAAGAAAAUAAUAAAAUAUAAUAAAUAAAAAGAUAACUUACAAUAAAAUUAAUUAAAAAAAUACAAAUAACGUCAAAUAAAAAUUACACAACAAUUUUUAACCAAUACCACCACCACUUUGCCACAGCAACGCGUGGCGGGCACAGCUAGUAUAUAUAUAAAAGUCUAUCUUCUAUGCAGAAUGAGUGUAUGUGACUCUUUGAUGUGUAUAAUAUAUAUAUAUAUAUAUAUAUAUCCACACUGAAAUUAUAUAUAUAAAUAUUGUGAUGUUAUAUAUGUAUGUAUGUAUAUAUAUAUAUAUAUAUAUAUACACAUACACACACAUUUUGCAUAGAAGAUGGACUAAUAUAAUUAUUUACAUAUGCAUUACAUAUGGAUAUUUUUAAUGCGCAUUGAAAUUAUAUACAUUUCUAUUGUGAUGUCUUCACAUAUAUAUAUAUAUAUAUAUACACACACACACAUACAUAUAUAGCAGUCAGUUUCUUUUAAUGUUAGUAAUUCAUAUGUAAAUAUUUAUUGUAUUAGUCUCUUCUAUGCAGAUUCUGUGUGUGUAUAUAUAUGUCUUUGUGUAUGUGUGUGUGUGUAUAUAUAUAUAUUAUCCACAUCACUGAAAUUAUAUGCAUUUCUAUUAUGUCUUUAUAUAUAUAUAUAUACACACACACACACACACAUAUCUGAGUUUCCUUUGCUAAUACAUUAGCAAUACAUAUGUAAUAUUUAUCUAUGCAAUAAUAUAUAUAUAUAUAUACACACACACACACACACACAUACCCUAAAUAUUUAUCUAUGCAAUCUAUAUAUAUAAAAGAGUGAUGGCAUCACGGCGACCCACAAAACAACAAAACUACAGGCCCUUCAACCUCGAAAUUUGACAACACAACCCAUCAUCCACGCCUCUAGGUUGAUACAACAAAAAGAAAAGAAAAAUAAAGUCCUAAUUAGAGAGAGAGGAAUAAUUGCUUUUAUCCAAUUGCUGCCAGUUAGAAGGCUAAGAUCCUCCAACUUGGUCUCCUAGCAACCCAAUACAAAUAAUUAAAAACACUAAAAAAUUAAUACAAUAAAAUACCAUAAUAACAAAAAAUAACUAAAAAUUAUACAAGAAAAUAAUAAAAUAUAAUAAAUAAAAAGAUGACUUACAAUAAAAUUAAUUUAAAAAAUACAAAUAACGUCAAAUAAAAAUUACACAACAAUUUUUAACCAAUACCACCACCACUUUGCCACAGCAUAUAUAAACCUUCCUUGCUUAGUUUCUCCAUAUCUCAAAACCUCUGAGGAUGCCUGCCAUAGAUAUGGGCAAAACAUCAGGAGAGAAUGCUUCUGGAACAUGGCCAGACAGCCCAGAAAACAUACAACAACCCCGGACUGCUUUGUCGCAAUGUUGCCUGACAUUUUAGGGGGGCUUCGUCCCUUUUCCGCAAAUCCGAACGAUCACAAAUCCCCCCCUCGAGGCUUAUUGCUCCCAAGGAAGUGACCACUACCUCGUCCUAUCAGGGCUUUUGCUUGGGCAACAGCUUCCAGAAUUCCCCAGCCGGCAGGGAUGGAUGAUGGGAGCUGCAGUCCUUUCAGAACUGCAAGAAAAAGGAGCGAAUGGGACACUCCUUUGGACUCUUUGUUCCCGUUGACACCAGCCAUACAUUGGGAAGCCUGCCUACAUUCCAGGCCUUUGCAUAAUAUACGAAUAUUGGAUUAUCCUGUUUAUAAAUUGGUUUUUCAAAAAAAAAUUUCUCGUUGGUUGUCUUUUGUAAACUCUCACAACACAGACAAGCACCGAAAUGUUGCAGCUUAUCUAUCCAAUCCAGGCCAAUUUCCUUCCUUUGCGGCACAUUGCAAUACGUUGUCACUCCGUUCGGCUUUGGUAACGCUCUAGCCAUAGAACAUAAAGGAAACUAAUGACAACGAAAUAUGCCAGCUGGUUUUGCUUCUGGCUAUAUUCCUUUCCCUAUUGACUUCAGUAGGGCUCUUUGCUCUAUAUAUAUGUCGUGCUAGCCUUUGCAGGAGUUUAUUAUGUUUAUUUACAAUAUAUAUUAUAAUUUAUAAUAUUUCUCAUUAUUUUAUUUGUAGUAUUUAUUUAUUAUAAAUGAUAAUAUUUCUUAUUAUGUUUAUAAGUACUAUAUAAUAUAAUAUAGUACUAUAUAAUAUAAUAUUGUGCUAUAAUAAUAUAUUGUAUAUAAAUGUAAUAUUGAUACUAAUGUUAUAAUGUAAUGCAAUAUAAUACUUAUAAUAAUACAAUAUAAUAAUAUUAAUUCUAUAUCAUAUCUUAAAUGUAAUACAGUAGAGUCUCACUUAUCCAAGCCUCGCUUAUCCAAGCCUCUGGAUAAUCCAAGCCAUUUUUGUAGUCAAUGUUUUCAAUAUAUCGUGAUAUUUUGGUGCUAAAUUUGUAAAUACAGUAAUUACAACAUAACAUUACUGCGUAUUGAACUACUUUUUCUGUCAAAUUUGUUGUAUAACAUGAUGUUUUGGUGCUUAAUUUGUAAAAUCAUAACCUAAUUUGAUGUUUAAUUGGCUUUUCCUUAAUCCCUCCUUAUUAUCCAAGAUAUUCGCUUAUCCAAGCUUCUGCCGGCCCGUUUAGCUUGGAUAAGUGAGACUCUACUGUAUUACUAAUAAUAUUACGGUAUAGUGCAAUAUAUAAUGCUGUUAUUGUGCUAUGCUAAUGAUAUAAUAUAUUGUAUGUACAUAUAACUUGUAAGCCGCUCUGAGUCCCCUUCGGGGUGAGAGAGGGCGGGGCAUAAAUGUAAUAAAUAAAUAAAUAAAAAUAAUAAUUUCUAAUAAUA